CUAUUAUUGGCGGUAGAUUGGUAUUACGCGGUAUUGUUCGUUACAGCGGGCGUACUGUCGCCCUCGACCGCCUUCCUUUGCUGGCAGGACGUCGACCAACAUACGACAAGCACUGGACAGAGCAGCCGGUUGCUGGUCGUAAUUGACGCUUGGCGACUUAAUAAUUCUACUCCUGACAGAGCAGUAGUACACAGAAUUGUUGCAUCAACGCUGAUCCCGUGCCUGCGAGGUCGGGCCAGCCAGCGCUGCAGCUGGCCAGCCGGCCCCUGCCCUGUGCCUUGGCGGGCUCAUCGGAGCUAA